CAUUCUACCAACUACAAAAUGUUGGGUAAUGUAAUAUUUUCGAUGUGUAGCUAAAAAUACACGACGAGGGGGAAACAACAGUUAACCUUUUUUGAUUGGUUGACACCCAAGGUCCGUUGGUCGUAAUAUUCAAUUAGGGAAUUCCCCUUUUGCCUUUUCUGAUACGUCACGAAUGUAUCGACCAAUAAAAAUAGCUUCCGGAUAGAAAUAUAUUGUUUCUUGUCAACAAGGUGGUUCUUGACUGAUUUUUCCUGUGUUUUAUAUUUAGCGAAAUAAUAAUAAUAAGAAAAUGAAGUUUAGUUCAGAUGAAGCUUCUGAAGUUGUAAACGACAUAGGUCAAAAUCAAGUCAAUUGUACGAGUGAAGAGAUGACGAAACUGUCGACAAAAUCGAAAGAUUGUCUUUUUGAGCGGAGUGUAAAAAAAGUGAAUGGAAUCCUCAACACAAGCACACGUGGUAACCAUGACAACCUAUCUAAAGUGGUGAAUGGCAUCAGUGUAAAACGGGAACCAGUUGAGCUGUCCGAUUCGGAUGACAAUAUCGACAUCGAUCCUCAACAGAAAGGCAAAAUGGCUACUGCUAUGAAGAUCAUCAACGGUGACGUAAAAACAAAUGGGGAAGUGAUGAAAGAUGAUGACGUCACAGAUGUUACUGAUAAGAUACUGAAUCUGAGUAUCGGUGGUAAAGAAAGCACAACAGAGGUGGUGGAGACUUCAAGUGGAAAUGACAGUGUUCUGGCUGAUGAGUUCACAAAGAAAUGUAAUGUGGAAAACCAAUGUGCUGGUGAUAAGAUUGUAGGAAAAGUCUCACAGAGCGAUGGCAAUUUUGUUGAUGAUGAAGAGGUCGAGAAGAGCACUGCGAACAGUUCCUGUGUGCACAUCUACCCCAAGGAGAUAAAGGUGGAGGAGAAAGGGAAACCGGUGCAAUACGAUGACGAGAAUCUUGAAGAGAGAGGACCAACCCACGGCCGGGCUACAGCCUUCUUGCCCUCCAGCCAGACACACAGCGGCAUACUGGGUCCCAAGAAACAACCCAUGUCUCUCGGCAACUACGGAUACAGGGGAUACAACUUCCAGCCCAGGGUGAUGCCUAACAUCGGCUUCUCCACCAGCACUGUUGUUGCCAUGGAUACAAGAUCGGGAAAACGCGGCCUCGACGAAGAGAUGAUUCCACCGUUCAAGUACAACCGACCUCCCGAUGAGGUCAACGACCUUGACAACCCACAGAACAGCGACAACAGUAACACGUUCCUGAACUCGGUGAAUCGGACCUCGCUGUGCGGAGGGCAGGUGAUGAUCAAGUCGCCUGACAUUAAACAACAGACUAGUGAACCGAAUCUGUCCCGGCAGUUCUCCGAAGGUGAUGCCAUUGACAUUCUACAGAUGCUGGAAGACUCCCAGGACACCCAGGACACAAUGCCGAAUGGCUACAUCAACAGCGGUGAGCAGUACAUUAGCAGCAAUGUCGUAGUCCCCAAUGCAUCGGCAAUCCAGUGUGCCUUCUCAUCGGCAGGUCUUCCACAAGUUAACAUGACAUCGGUGUUGACCAAUCCACAGGCUAACAUUGCAACACUGUUGACCAAUCCACAGGCUGUCAUGACGACGACAUUGUCCAAUCCACAGGCUAAUAUGACGACAUUGACCAAUCUACAAGCUAAUAAUAUAGCGACCGUGUUGACCAACGAAUGCCGUGAUAAUGGUGGCAUCGACUGUGGUGUAGAGACGUCUAGUGACGGCUACAGCUCCGAGCUGAGUCCACUCAGUGACACGACAGUGCUGUCACCCCCACCAUCCAACAUGUCAAACAUCUCCAGCGAUAGCGGCGUGUCCAUGGGAAGCGUGCUCAGUCCGAAAGGCGCCACAAUGGAUGUUGCCUCACCCAGAAGUCAGCUUAGUGGGUACGAUGGUAUGUCAGCAUCACCAAGAAGUCAGAAUGGUUGCUAUGAUGGUCUGUCGGCAUCACCAAGAGGUCAGAAUGGUUGUUAUGAUGGUAUGACAGCAUCACCAAGGAGUCAGUUGAGUGGAUACGAUGGUAUGUCGGCAUCACCGAGAAGUCAAAAUGGUUGCUAUGACGGUAUGAUGACAUCACCCAUGAGUCAGAAUGGUUGCUAUGACGGCAUGAUGACAUCACCACAGAGCUUUGAUGGUAUGCCUGACCCAACACGAAAUAAUAUGACCAUGGCAUCGCCUAGAAGCCAGCAUGGUGGAUAUGACACAGUGCAAAACAAGAAUGUUAUGACUUCAUCACGAAGUCAGCACAGUGGGUGUGAAGGUAUGUCGGACAUUCUGCAGACCAACCUGAACGUGACAUCGCCAAAAGGACAACAGGGAUACGAAGGGAUAGUUGACAUGACCAGUCCUAUACGUGCGUCCUCUACCAAUCAGACUGGGGUGAUGUUUAGCAAUUUUCAGACGUCUGCAGGAUAUGGACCAAACAUCGGUGUGCAGCCUGCGGCACAAGAGAACGUCACCAGUGACAAGACUGAGAGUGGCGGAAAGAACGUCACGCAGUAUAUAGACGAACAUCUGGACACAUACUGCGACAUCAUGAACAUCCUCACCCGCGACAUGCUAGUGUCGAAGGUGGCCAACAGGAUGGCCGAGAAACCCAUGAAUAUACCCGCCCCCAACAUCCCCGUGUCCACCCCUCUUGGCAAGACGACCGUCACUGUGCCAACCAUCCAACCAGCCCCGCCCACCUCCGCCGCUCUGUGCAUGACCACGUCGGUGGUUCUGAUUCCACAGUCAAACAUAACGAUGACGUCACCGGCAACAUCCACGAUGAUUCCGAUCACUGUCACUCAGCCGGUGAACAACACCGGUCUCGGGAAAGUCUCAAAGGGUCCUGGGAACGUGCCCAACGUAAUGACAUCGCAGAUCGUUCUCAUCCCCGCGAGCCAGCAGCCGCGGACCAUCGUCGUCGUGAACCCGACCCCAGCACCCCAGAGGAGAGUGCCGCAGUUUGUACCAAUCAAGCCGAAACUUCCCACCACCAUCCCGCAUUCGUCUGCCCCACCGGUACAGACCACCACCGCCACGUCGCAGAGAGCUACAAAGGGAAGUAACUCUCCGAAACACCAGAAGAAGCAGGGAGUGAUGAAUAUUGCUGCCAGUAGUGCACAGCAAGCACCAAAACCUGUACCAAGUACUUCAUUGAAGAAGUGUGUGGGAAAGAACCAGCUGAACAUUGCGCGGCGCCUGGUGGCCACAAUGAGUCGAGAUAACAUCCAGUACAAGGACAAAGAUGGAGACACCUAUUUGCAUGUGGCGGUGUGUAAGACCGACAGGUAUCUGGUUCAGGCUCUGCUAGAGCGCCAGGUCCGAGAAGAACUCCAGUGUAUGGUGGACGUCCAGAAUAAUUUACGACAGACCCCCCUGUAUCUGGCAGUCAGUGCCAACCAGCCAGAAAUGGUUUCCAUGUUAACUGAAUACAAAGCUGAUGUGAACAUUCCGGCAGAGUGUAUUCUGGACAAUGGGAUGCGUGAGGUGAAGGCAGCCAUACACUGCGCAGCAUCACAGGGACAAGAGUACUUGAGCACCCUACAGAUGUUAAUGAAACAUCCCGAAAUCAACCUGAACCAACCAAACUCUGAUGGUCAGACGGCCCUACACUGUGCUAUCCGUAACCAUGGGAAACCAAGGGAGGAUGGAGUCAGGAUUAUCAACAGCAUUCCCAUCAUUGAGUUCCUCAUUAAGUGUGGGGCUGAUCCUAGCGCACAGGACAAGAAGAGUGGCAAGACCCCCCUGAUGUAUGCGAUGGAGUCCAGGAACGUUGACCUGAUCGAGAGGACUGUGCGGGCCAUCAUGGCCAAGGACCCCGUUCGGUUCUCCACCUACCUCAAGGCCCACUCCUUUGAUGGCAAGAGCUGCCUCAAGAUCCUCGACAGUAUGCGGCCCGACUUUGACCCCAUAGCCUGGGAACGCCUGUCAGUCUUGCUGCCAAUAAACGGACGAGGGGGCGUGUCCAUGGCCGCACACUGAGGCAGAGACUAAAAUAUCAUUGGUUAAAAAUUGUUACAUCAUCAUCCUGUAAAGAUUUAUUGACUCUGGGAACAUUGUAAAAACUCUUGUUUAAGAAGAUUGUUUUACUGUCAGUCAGUGGAAAAGGGGCGUGUUUGUGGCCAUGCACUGAGGCAGAGACAAAAAUAUCAUUGGUUAAAUGUUUUACGUCGUCAUCCUAUUAAGAUGCAUUGACUGUGGGGACUGAAAAUUCUUCUUUAAAAAGAUUGUGCACACUGACACAGAAAAUAUCAUUUUGUAAUAUUUAUGUUUUUAUUUUACGCAACUAGAAUUGUUGAUAUUUUUGCAUUUAUUGUUCUGAAAUAUCAUGAUCACAAAUUAAGAGACAGUAGCAUUAGUUGAAUCAUCCCUCAUGUUCACCUUGUUGAAAAUACACUUGUUUAUAUCUCAUGUCCUUGGAUUGUUUACACUAGGAACCUUUUAACAAAAAAAAAUCAUGCACACUGAAGCUGUACUGAAGCAGAAAACGUAUAAUUUGUUUAGUUUUGAAAGUGGAAAAUUUGUUUUUGCAUACAUUGUAGGGUGUAACGAUACAGUAGAGUUGUGAUACAUAUCACAAUAUUCACCUCACAAUACAAUAAGUAUUGCGAUAUUAAAUUUACAAUAAAAAAUGCUGAAUUGUUGGUGUAGAAAAUUAUUAAUAUAUUAAUAAUAGAUCACAAACAAUGAUAAUAAAUCCAGACUUGACAUAUUUGUGAGGAUUGCAAGGAAAACAACCACAAAUGGUUCACAACCGUGCUGAAUUAUUUGUUUUAAAAAGUCAUGUUCUUUUUAAAAAAAAUAAGACUAUCCACAUUUUGUAGUUUUAAUUGUGCUCUUUGGGCAGUGAUAGUAUCCCCUGCAGUAAAAAACACUGUUUCACUUGAAACAUGUUCCUGGUAUGCACAGGUAAGUUUUGGCCAUUUGAACUAGCAUUGGAAAUUUAUAUUCACUGUUCUGCCACCACAUCAGAGGAUUACUCAAAAGGGGAAUACAUUCCUCUUUCUUGUAAACAGUGAUUUCCUCAUCCACCUGGGCACACAGUGGCUUAUAAAGCUGGUAGGCAGAAGGAAAACCCCCCCCCGCCACACGGCAGACUUGUUCUUUGCAGGCGGGUUUUCAAAUUUGCCUAAGAACUCCAUGCUUUGCAAAGAUGAUGCACAUGCCAAACAAUAUCGUUACGUGCAAGGUUCGAACAAGCGAUUGGCCACAAAUCAGGAUAUCAGCUAAUCAAAAUUAACUAGACACUAUAUACAGCUGUCUGUGGACUGGUUUCCGAUAAUGGUAACAGGAACAGAAACUAGGGCAAGAUAUGCGGUUUGUGUAUGGUCAUAUUGGACUUAAAUUUGACAAAACGUACAUUUAUUUUAAAUAAAUCAAUACUUUAAAUGACAAAUAUUGAUUUUUAAAAACUGCAAGUAUUGACACAAUAGUGCAUGUAUCUUGAAUCGUAUCGUAGAGAGAAAUAUCGCGACAUGUCGACAUCAAUAAAUCGUUACAUCCCUUGUACAUUGUGACUUGCAAACUUAUAGGGCCGAAUUGACAAAGCCUGUGUAUAACUUACAUGCGUGUAAAUUCACAGUACUCUCAGAAUGCUUGUUUGACCGUCGGUAUUAACCCUUUGCAGGCUGCUGCCCAGCCCCAGCCCUUGCCACUGGUAAAACUAUUUGAAAUAUGUUGGGUGAAUUUAAUUAAUUUUAACUUGAAUGUUUUCCUAGCAGUAGUCCGGCAUUGCUUUUUAAAAGUUCUAUUAAUAUCACUUUUUGUUUAUAUUUAUAUUUAUUAUACAUGACUCGUUUUGUAUAUUUAUGUUGUAGUUUGAUGAAACAUGGAUUUUCAUUUUUAAUAGAUAUUUUUAUUCAAUAUUGCAUCACAUAUUACAAAAUAUUAACAUUCCUUUUUUAUUAGAUAUUUUCAUUCAAUAUUACAUCACAUAAUAUUAAUAUAUGUUUUCUUUGUUAGAUAUUUUCAUUCAAUAAUUAUAUAACAUCACACUAUUAUUGUACAUUCUAUUUACAACCUGAAGGUCCAUUUUGUGUUGUAUGUUUAUGUCUCAUCUUUAAUAUGUAUAGCUUUAUGUAGUAAAUGAUAAUAGUUAAAAUGAACAAAAUAUGUUUUUUCUUUUUCUUUCCCUUUCUCUUUUGUCUCUCAUCUCGUUAUUGAUCCCAUUUAUCUUUAUCUCAUUUCCUUCCUCCCUGUCUGCCUGUCUGUCUGCCUGUGUGUGUGUGUCUCUCUCUCAUAUACAUAUAUAUUUAAAAAUCAUGAUCAUGCUAAUGAAAUUUGAAGUAUCUGGGACAGACAUUUCUCUUCCAAAUAACAUAGAUUAAUUCAUCUAAUAUUGUGAAAUGAAUAAAAGUCUACAAUUGUC